GCAAGCUUCAGGACUUUCUUCGUGCAGAUGGGUGACCUUUGCUGGAAUGACGGACCUGCUCUAUCUUGUGCAGUUGAUGAAGCAGGAACUUCCUGAGACCUUGUGUGAUUUUGAAGUGUUACUGGAAGAGACCUGUGCAGGUCGUCAUGAACUGCGAGACCGGCUGCCCUUUGGAUCGUUGUCAAAUUUAGCGCGGAGCCAUGGUGUGAUCCGUUAUGGACAAGCACAUACCGCUGGAAGUGAUGCAUUGGUGACAUUGGAUCUCUUCUUUCGGAUCUCAAAAAGCGAUGAUACACAUGUGGAAUCAAACAAAUUUGAUAUGGAAUCAGGAAAAUUUGAUCCCUCAAAUGGCAGCGCAGCCGCUGUCCAUUUGAAACCUUCGGACUUCGGCGACAGAUCGGUAGCCGAGUCGCGAGUCGCUUCGGCACUCUGAGGAACUGAGAUCAGACCAAACUUGCGUGAGGAACGAAAA